GUAGACCACUAGUCAGAGCCGCAGUAUCCACCCAACGACGGAACGGAUGUAAGGAUCUCCAUGGGAGCCGCAAUGUCGUCGCUGGAAUGCCCGUCAUCCUGGGAUCAAUCCGCUGUCAUGUAGCCCGUUCGCCGGGAUGACAACCUGUAGGCCAAUGUGUCCAAAUGCGUCAUCUGCGCCGUAAGAAAGCUCCAAUCGGAAUGCCAGCUUACAAGAAAUCGCUAGUGGCUAUGACGAGCUUUUGUUUUGGCAUUAUAUCCCUUCGCAAAGCACGGGACGAUACCAGGGACAUCUCUCCAGCUCUUGGAUCCCUCCUCAGCACUUCAUGCAGCUCGGUUCCUUCACUAACGAUCUUGAUCGUAUGCUUCAACGCUUGUCUCCAAUUCUCGUCUGGUCGACCACAAAUAGUCCGGCAAAUAUCUUGCGCUCGAGAGUAUACUGAUCCUUCUUGAGAGCUUGCUGUAAUGUACUCAUAACUCAUCUCUAGACGACCGCUA